AUGGUGACCCUGUCAGGCAAAUUCUCACGCUGGAUAUCGUCCAACACAGUCGAUGAAGAAAUGCACUACAUGCCAUUUGCUCAAGAUUAUGGACCCCUGAAUCUCGCUUAUACCUUCAAAGCGUGUCUGAUGAUUCAUGAGAAGUACAGAGUGAACAAGCUCAAGACAGUCUGCGUGUACACCUUACCAAACUCUAGGCGCAAAGCCAACAUUGCCCUUAUGGUCUCCCUGUACUUUCUCAUCGUAUGGCAUUGGCAGCCGUCCGCUGCGUUUGCCCCGCUUGCUCAUAUGGAGUUCAGACUAUUCAGAGAUGCCAGCAGCGGCCAAAUGGACUUUGGUCUCUCUAUCCAGGACAUACUCUGGGGCGUCUACAAGGCGAUCAAUUUCGAUUUGUUGGAUCUAGAACACUUUGAUCCUCGCUAUUAUCGGUACUAUGAGACAGUCGACAACGGUGAUCUCAACAUCCUCGGUCCUUUCAUCCCCUUCGCAUCGCCGAUGGAUCCCAAAUGGAUCGAAGCGUCUCGGUCUGAAAAGAACAAACAUGCAGAGGACAUCGACAAGGCAGCCUCUCUUACAAAGAGUCUGAUUGAAACUGCACAAAAUCGGAGACACGCAUACAGAUGUAUUCUGGAGGUAUUCCAGGAACAGCUAGUUGGGCUCGUAGUCAGACUCAAUGAGGACCUAUACGAUCGAAAGACCUUCCUAGAAUUCGGAAUGGAACACGUCGAUCUGUACUUUGACGAUGGUUCCAAUCCGACAGACGAGAUCGUCGAGCGAUUCAUCGGAAUGGCCGAAGAAUUCAUCGAGAGACGUAGGCAGAAAGUGGCGGUACACUGCAAAGCUGGCCUUGGAAGGACCGGCGUACUCAUCGGAGCGUACUUGAUAUACAAGUAUCAGUUCACCGCCACGGAAGUUAUCGGCUACAUGCGCCUCGUGCGACCUGGCAUGGUCGUUGGACCCCAGCAGCAGUACAUGGUGGAGAAUCAGAUGAAGUGGGCCGGCUGG